AGGUCCAAGAGUUCUUGAAGGACCCAAGGGUUCAGCAAUGACUCUUUCUUGCUUUGCAGGGACAUAGCCACAUUGUAGCUUGGGCAAGUGGGCAAGGUCUGGGUUCUGGCUUGGAAGUGCUGCUAGGCAAGAGGGGGAAAGAGUCGGUCACAUUCAGUGGGGAGUGAGUUGUGUCCUGUGCGGACCUGGGCUGGUCACAGGCGAGCCCCUCACCCCAAGCCUGCUCCUCGAUGUUACUUAACAAUGGAGGAUGACUCAGCCUGGCCUCCAGGAUGAUGCCCUGUUUUGGAGCAUCUGAGUCAGCCUGUGGGCUGGAAGAAGCUUAAAAGGACAACCACGGCAACAGCCUAGCCAAUGACAGGGCAGAGAGGACAUGGAAAGGGAGCUCAGCCCUGUCUGAAGCCUGCGCCUCUAGGACAGCCCUGGUGUCUACUCUCCAGCCUCACCCUGAGUCAGCCACAGUCACUCUCUUACACUGAUCCUCCUGGGGCUUUGUUGAAGUCACCAAAACUGAGGCCAGUGUUCCAGAUUCCUGCGCACACAGACUCCACGGACUCGAACUCAGAGGAUCCGAAGGCAACAGGGCACAGAAAGUCUCUGGCUUUCGAUUGGAACACCAACUCAUCUGUUUACUACCUUGGGAUCUUGGAUAAGUGACAAGGCCUCAGUUCUCAUCUCACAGGGCCCUGAUUGGAAGCCCCUUCAUGAAUCCUCUGAAGAAGGUGGACUUGAAACUCAUCAUCGUCGGAGCGCUUGGAGUGGGAAAGACCUCCCUCCUUCACCAAUAUGUACAUAAGACGUUCUAUGAGGAAUACCAGACCACGCUGGGUGCCAGCAUCCUCUCCAAGAUCAUCAUGCUGGAUGACACAACUCUGAAGCUACAGAUCUGGGACACAGGUGGUCAGGAGCGUUUCCGCUCCAUGGUGUCCACAUUCUACAAAGGCUCUGAUGGCUGUAUCCUGGCUUUCGAUGUCACCGACCUGGAGUCCUUCGAGGCCCUGGAUAUCUGGCGGGGUGACGUGCUGGCCAAGAUUAUCCCCAUGGAGCAGUCCUACCCCAUGGUGGUGCUGGGGAACAAAAUCGACCUAGAAGACAGGAAGGUGCCCCAGGAGGUGGUCCAAGGUUGGUGUAAAGAGAAGGACAUUCCCUACUUUGAAGUCAGUGCCAAGAACGACAUCAACGUGGUGCAAGCCUUUGAGGUGCUGGCCAGCCGGGCUCUCUCAAGGUAUCGAGAUAUCCUAGAGAAUCACCUCACGGACUCCAUCAAGCUCGUGCCAGGCCAGGCAAAGAGCAGAUGCUGCUGAGGUCCAGAGCCCGCUCUGGACAGCCAGAGACAGAGCCUGCCUUGGGCCUGCUCAUCCCAGCUGGAUCCCCGCCAUCUCAACCCACGCCCAGCCCAAGAGGCCGAGGCUCUGCCCUCAGAGCCCUUGACCAGGCCGGGUCCAGAAUCCUCGCAGCCAUUGCCUGGGCGGACUGUAGUGCGGACAGGGCUGCUCCCUCAGGGGCCUGGACGAUUGUCGCAAGCCACUCCUGGCCCUGGAGAAGGCACAGUUCCCUCGAUGGCUCCAGCUUUCUCUCUGCCUGCCUUUUCCACAGUCCUGCUCCAGAACACAUCUCUGCAAAAAGGCCACUGUUUCUAGAAUCCAGUGGACUGGUCUCCUCACUCCUUCCUGCCUCAACCCCCAAAGCCACAAGACCAUGAUGCAUCUCAGCCUCCCUUAGCAACCAGGCCAAAGAGAGAGGGUGUGGAGCCCACGUGCAGGACCUGCCUCCAUUCCUGGAAGAUGCUCGGCAGCCUGAGGCUCCCCUCAGAGUAGAGGACUGAGGGAGCACAGAAAAGCUGCCAGGGACUCUCCUCAUUCCCCUCUGCUGGGUGCUCACGUAGUUCACAUAAAUCCCCCAGCCUCAGUUUAUUCAUCUGUCAAAUGGGGGUGAUAGGUAGGCGUCAGCCCACAUAAAGGUGUGAGUUUUAAGGACCAGAAGCUACAUGUACAUCUCAGUUGCUAUUGUUGAUAUGCGUUUACUAACUCCUUCAAUGAGUAUUUUUUAGCACCUCCUAUGUUAGCAGCCCUGAGGGCCAAGCAAGAGCCCCGAUCCCCAGAGCUUACAGGUGGUGGAGAGGGAGGCAAUGAUGAAGAACUUAUAUAGGUGUUUCCAAAGAGCAGGGAGGUGCCAAGAACAAAGGGGAACAAGGAACAGGGCAGGGACAGGGACAGGGGCUGUGAUGAGGUGCGAUUUUAGACAAAGUUGUCCAGAAGGACUUCCCUGAGGAGGUGACAUUUGUCCUGGGAGCUAGAGAAGGAGAGGCAGCUGCCACUGGAGAGCUGGAGGAAGUGCAUUCCAGGGGGAGGGAACAGCAAGGGCAAGACCCUGAGGCGAGGACCAGCUUGCUGCAUUUCAGAAACAGUGAAGGACAUUCAUUUACCUGAGGAUUCAAAACUGUUGUCCCAAAGACCAACCUGAUUGCUCAUAGAGGGUGCCUUGCUUCUCUGCAGCCUGACCACCAGAGGGCAGCAGUGCCCCUUCUUUUCCAGGCUCUGCGGAAGGUGGAAGCUCCUGGAACCCUUGAGGAACUGGAGUUCUUGUCCUGUGGAUGUUCGAAGUUUGCUCCGAGUUCUAGACAUUAUCAUCCAGAUUUGUGGGGCCAGAGAAUUCAAACUUCUUAAGCAUAGUGAGAAAUGGGCAAAAACUGCAAAAACUUGAUUCAGGCAGGAAAGCAGAAUCAGAGACAAAUACUCCAAAGAGGUGCCUGGGGUGCUCGUGGAUCCUCCGUCCCAGCACAAGCUACUGUGCCUCAGACAGCACAGAUAAGGCAGCCAGCCUGAAGCAGGUGGACAAGAUGACCUCUCAGGGUCUCCGAUGGCCAAGUUCAUGCCCACCACAGACAUCUCCUUGUCUCUAUAGAAGUCUCCUGAGUACUAAGCAGAGCUGGGGAUAUUAGCCUAUGGCUGCAGGUGUUAUCCUCCUCUAAAGAUUUGCCUACAGGGAGAGGAGUUUGGGGAUGAUGAAAAAGGGUUUGGGGAGCCCCUUCUCUCCCACGUAGCCCUGGAACAUGACCUGGCUUAUCCCAGACUGAAAUAUUGAGUCAACAUGGGAGCAACAGGCCCACAAAACGCCUCUGUCCGUCCUUCAGCAGUCCAGGGGGGAACAACGUGCCCUCAGGGGUGGCCUUUUGCACACACUGACUCUCCUAGGAGUCAGUCACACUGUGGAUUGGAUGUGUCACUUGUGAGUGUGUACGCAGCCCCUUACUACCACAGUGGACGUACAGAACAUUUCUAAAUGUACACAACGACUAAUAGGGGUGUCCUUUGUUUUUAAUCCUGUGUGGGACAGUAGUCCCCCUUUGUCCAUGGUUUCACUUUCCACAGUUUCAGUUACCCACGGUUAACUGCAGACCAAAAAUGUUAAACAGAGAAUUCUGAAAAUAAACUAUUUAUAACUUUUAAA